CUUAUCACUUUUAUGCAAAUAAAAACCAACUUUGACAUACAGAAUACAACAGAUCUGCUCUUGGAUGAAAAAACUGCCAAUGUCUUUAUGAUUUUAUCUGAUGACCUGAAAAGAGCAUCCUGCUCUGAAACACGAAGGAGUCAACCAAAAUUGCCACAGAGAUUUACAUUCUACAAUCAGGUGAUGAGUACUGCAAGUAUUUCCCAUGGGAGACAUUACUGGGAAGUAGAGGUUAGUGACUGUGGAUUACGGUAUGUGGCUGUUUGCUAUCCCAGUAUGAAUAGAGUUGGAAAGGAGUCU